AUGCAAAGACCAGCAGCAAGAUGCUGUGACGGAAGAGCUGAUGUAGAAGCUGCAGCAGGACACCCUUGUUCACCAGAAGAUGAUUUGGCCCAACGCAUUUGUCUGCUCUUUCUCCGCAGAGAACUCCUGGGUGGUGGGAAUGGACCUGUUGCGAAGCGAUCAGGUCAUGAUGUCACCCUCAUUAAUGAAGGUCCUCCAGCAGUUUACCAGCUGAACACUGAAAGAAAAUACAUUGAUGGAAACAAUAAAAAGCUCAGACAGUGGACUUUUGGAGAAAUGGACAAAAACAAACAGAACAAAGUCCUUCUGAUGGUGGGCGAAACUGGCACUGGGAAAACAACACUCAUCAACACCAUGAUCAACCACUUACUGGGAGUGAAGUUUGAGGAUCAAGAGUUUUAUCAAAUCACUGAAGAAGAACAGGAAGAUCAAUCCCAAUCCCAGACCUCUGAGAUCACAGUUUAUGAGGUGUUUGUUAAAGAAAACCCAACAUCUCUGACCAUCAUCGACACUCCAAGUUACGGACACACUAAAGGAUUCGAGAAAGAUGGAGAGAUUGCAGAAUAUCUGAGCAGAUUAUUUGCAGAUGAGGAUGGGGUUCAUUAUAUUGACGCAGUGUGUUUUGUGAUGAAGGCGUCUCAGAAUCGACUCUCUGGAAAAGAGCAUUACAUCUUUCACUCAGUUCUGUCUCUGUUUGGUAGAGAUAUUGAGAACAACAUAGUGUUUCUGUUCACUCAUUCAGAUGGAGGACCACCAGCAGAUGCUCUCAAUGCCAUCGAUAAAGCAGAAAUACUCUGCAGAAGAGACAGCAGAGGAAAACCUGUUCACUUCUUGUUUAACAACCGACAAGAGGAGAAAAAGGAUGAUGUGUAUGAGCACGUGUUUAGGUCAGCCUGGGAAAUGGGAGAGAGAAGCAUCAAUGAGUUCUUCAAAAUCCUGGAAGAGAAGAACAGAAAAAGUCUUCAGAUGACUUUAGAGGUUAUGAAGGAGAGAACAAGACUUGAUGCUUGUGUCUGUAAUCUGAAAGAGCGAAUUCAUGAGAAGGAGAAAACAACUGAUGAACUGACUCAGAUUCGGAAAGCUCUUAAAGAGAACAGAGAGAAGAUUAUAAACCAUAAAAACUUUCAGUUUACAGUUAAUAAAGUUGUCAAAAAAAAAGUUCCCAUUGUGAAUAAACCACUGUGGAACAGCAAAGCCACCUGCUGCUCCGUCUGUGAGGAAAACUGUCAUGAAUGGGGUUGCUCUUGGGUCUCUUCUGAUAAUCUCCAAUUGUGUUAUGUCAUGAAAAAUGGCUACUGCACUGUGUGUUCAGGAAAGUGUCAUUACAGCAAACACAUCAGAGAGAACAAAAAGUAUGUGACCAAGACAGAGGAAGUCACAAUGACAUUUAAUAAGCUUCAACAGCAACAUGAAGAAUAUGAAGAAAUCAUGAAAGAGUAUCGGUGUAAAACAGAGAUAGAAUAUAAACUGAUCAGAGAUCUGGAGAACAAUAAAUCUAAAAAGUCAAAACCACUGCAUGAAGCUUAUAUCAGCAUCAUGAGACUCUGUGACAUCGCACUAAAAGCAGACAGCGCUUUCACUCUUCAGCAUCUGGAUUUCCUGAUUCCCAGACUGAAGGAGGAAGAGGGAAAAGAGGAAUGGGUGAAGAACCUGGAGGAGCUGAAGAAAACUGGAGAAGAGCAGAAAAACACAGGAGCCGUACAUCAUCUGAUGGAUUUCAGCAAGCGAACAUGGAACCAAUUUGUCAGUCGUAUAACUGAUGAAAAUGAAUAA